AUGUGUAUUGAGAGAGGUGCUCCUCUCAAGCUAGUAUUUAAUUAUAUAAGAAAGGGCGAGGACGCUAACGCUAAAAAUAACGACGACGAUAACAACGAGUAUACGCCUAUACCUGCUAAGGGCAAAGGCAAAGGCAAGGCAAAGGCGGCCACGCCUACUAAGAAGUCUAAGAAGGCUAAGAAGGCUAAGAAGGAGGAGAGCGAGGAGGAGGACAAGGAUAAAGACGAGAGCAAGGAGGAGGCUGCUUUAGGCUUUGACCUAGAGGCGCUAGCGUGUAGUAUAGUAGUGGCGAUACUAGCCGCUAUAACUUCUAAGAAGAAGAAGGGUAGUAUAGGCACCCCCUAG